AGCAGCCAUCGCCGACUCCCCCUCACCAUGACAACAGCAGAUUUCCAGCACAGUCGAAGGACGAACUGUAAGCUCCGCGGCUCUACGGUUACAGCUGGUUGUUCAGCCUAGCAGUGGCGUUAAACGAUAUUAACAGGGAUAUAUUUAAUGUAGGAAGGCCGUCUGUGCCGGAAAGGAGUUUCAUGAGCGGGAGGCCAGCCGGAGGCAGAGGGAGACGCCGUCUGACUGUGUGAUCAACAACAUGGCUCUGCUUCAGCAUCCCCGGCUGCUGCUCGCCUGUGUAGGGCUGCUGCUGCUGCUCACCUUUGGCAGCAUCGACGCUCGAUCUUCGCCUAUAUCGGACUUGAAAUCCAAAAUAUCCGGGGUGGAGGAGCUCUUGGAGGAAUUCCGCAAACAGCUGCAGCAGGACCAGACCUACAGGACAGGUGAAGUGAUGGACUCCUGCGUGGGCGACUUCAGUGCCGCCGGGGAUCGCAUCAUCCGGGCCAAGGACUCCAUCGAGCAAGGAGCCACCUUCCUGCUGGCCCCGGACAGGGUGUACACCAGGAAGGACUGUGUGCACGCCUGCUGCUCCCAGCCUCACUGCACAGUUGCGGUGCUUCACGAGGACCAGAGGCAGCCCGGGGACAGUCUCCGCUGCUACCUGUUUAACUGCACCUACAGGAGUAAGAAUGUGUGCGCCUUCUCGGCUCAGAAAGGCUUCACGACAUACAGCCGGACUCCCAACACAACGCAGGGACACCUCCCUGUUUCAUCUAGCGACUCAGCCCGGAGGCCCGGAGAAGAAGCUCCUGAUGAGGAUGAUGCAGACGUGGAUGAGCCUCCUCGCAGUGACGCUGGACAGGAUGUGGUUAUCCAGCUGCCCACAGAUUGGGCUGUGCUGGAUGGCCGUGACAGCGUGGACGACCACGGGAUCCGCCGCUAUGAGUGGAGUCUGAUUAAAGGAGACACAGCCAUCAAUAUGAAGUCAACACAUCCAGGUUUGCUGAAGAUCAGUGGCCUCCAGGAAGGAGUCUACACGUUUCAGAUGACAGUCACUGACACGGCGGGACAGAAGAGCUCCGAUAACAUCUCUGUCACCGUACUGGCUCCAAAACACCAAGCAGAAGUAUGUACCGGUCACUGCUCAAACUACCAAUUUAAGUGUGAUGACGGUUGCUGUAUUGACAUCACCUAUGCCUGCGAUGGGAAGCAGCACUGUCCAGACCGCUCAGACGAAGACUUCUGCCCAAACUUCGAUGGCAGCCGAAAGUCAGUGACCCACGCUGUGGACCUGCCCAGCCCUCAGCGGCCUGUCGCUCAGACAAAGAAAGCUGAAGACGACUCCAUGCUCCCGACUGGAGCCAGGAAGAGCAUCACACCGCAAGACACAAGCAAGGUGGCUCCUUCUCAAAGUGCCAGUGAGCAGGAAGCUUCAGUCAGUCAAGACCCAUGUGCUGCUGCUCCAGUUGUGGGACCCUGUAAAGGCACAUUCCCACGGUGGUACUACGACCAAAAUGUGGGAGAGUGCAAACACUUCCUGUAUGGAGGCUGCCAGGGAAACCACAACAACUUCCUCCAGGAGUCGGACUGUGUCAGUGAAUGCAUACAAAAAAGUCCAGCUUUCAGACCUGCCAGUGUGGCUCCUCCAGUCACCAAGCAGACUGAGAUAGCUUCCCCUAAAGCCACCCAGAGCCAAGCAGUGAGUGACGCCCCCAUCUCCAAACCAUUUCCAGUCAUGGGAGGACACCCAGUCCCAGAGUCAGGUGCCAUCCUUCCUCUGGCACUUGGCCUAAUCAUCACCGCCCUGCUGCUGCUCAUGAUCAGCUGUCGUCUCAGGCUCGUCCGCCACAAACUGAAGAAAGCGCGUCCCCUCACUACAGAGGAGUCAGAUUACCUCAUUAAUGGCAUGUACCUGUAGCCAAUCAGAGACCCGAGAAAAGAACCAUCAGAGCCCGAUCCAGGACGUUCUGAAUUUGCACUCUGCAUUUCUUCGAUGUCUCUUAAUUUAUCCUCGUUUCCUGUUAGAAAGAUCCAAAGCUCUGCUGCCGUGAACGUUGCCGAACGCCUCCACACCGAUCCCCUCUGACUGGCACUGUAUAUCAGCUGCUGAUAGAUUCAGCGAACAUACUGAGAUGCUUGUGAAUUCAUACUUAUGUCCUAAGAAAAUCACUGAUGGAAUAUCAGCGUUUCUCCUUUACUUCUGAUACAUAUACUAAAAUAGACACUUGUCUUAUCUAUUACAACUGAUUAAUUAAACACUGGUUACUUUGAGACAAACAUGUUCAUUUUACUGCACAAAACAUGCGCUAUUUCUGCCUCUGUGCGACUUUAAUGUGCCAUAUUUUUGCUGUGUGUUUUAAUCCCAUUAAAUUGCCGUACGGCAGACACAAAAAGCAUCGAGUGCCUGUUACAGUCCUAUAGGACCUGAUUUUUUUUCAUGUACAUAAACACAUAUACACACUUUUGCAAUGGUGGAUGUUCAUGUCAAACUUAAUCAGAGUCUAAUCAUGUGGUCAGCAUAUGUGAGCGAGAAGGCUUCAGACUCUGUUAAAUGCUGUUUCAGGUCCUUUUUUCUUCCUGCUGGUUCUUUAGGAUGUCAGUGAGAGCAGAUAUUCCAAAUUUGGUCACAUCAGCCACACGGACAUUCAUGGGUCUGAGGACAGAAACCCAACCCACCUGUCAAACCUUCUGUUUAUGGCCUGUAGCUAUUCAGAAAAACAGAGUGUACUUAAUUUGUCCCCAAAGGUCAGGCAGCCAAAAUAUUCAACACAGCCUGUAAUAAAAUAUUUGCAUAAACAGAAAAAUAAAGCAGUGUUUCUCAGACUGUAGAGCAUAGAGUCACAGUAGGUGGGGUGUGAGUGAGUUUGGUAAAGUGUGAAGUUUAAUGAACAUUAUUUUUUUAAUGAAAAAUUAAACACUCGAAGCUUUGCUCAUGAGCUUUUCUGCUGACCUUUAGUCCCCUGAAUUUAAGCUUAGUCUGUUUUAAAGCCAAGUAUGCCAAAUAAAAAUAAUAAGCAUUAUUUUGAACUAUGAAUCAUAUGAAGCUACUCUUGCUAAGUCAAAAAUGUUAUAUUAUGCGGCUGGAAAUUAUGAUAUGUUUCCUUUAAAGUUUGCCAGAAUCAUAUAAAACUAUAGCAAAGUCUUUUGGUGAAUUUCUAGUCCUGUAUGAUUUUGUUGCGUAUUUUUCUCUAAUAAGGCAACAUAAUUGGAGUGUAUUCCAUAUAUCUAUAUAUAUAUAUUUAUUUUGAUAAAUGUAUUCCCCCAAAGUGCUGUCUUUCAUGUAACAUAUUAAAGUUUAUUAUAUAAUUAAAAAGUACCGGGGUUAUAUAUGUUAACAACAGGAUUUGCCAAAACGAUUUUAUUUAGAGAUGAUCAUCAUAUCUGUAGAGAUUCGUCUCUCCCUCUUGUAUUUCUGGAAUUUUGAUAAUCAAACAUUUAGUCCAUCGUGUAAAGAAAAAAUCGUUUAAAAUCAUUUCGCUUUACAACCAACUUUUCAUUACUUUGUCGCAGUGUAGGGUUUGGCGCGAAGAAAACUGGAUUUCUAUCACAGCCCUGUCUUUUUUACUGAUGGUGUGCCGAGCCAGUUCCACCUUGGUUCUUUUAGAGAAUCAGCAUAUAUUUCAACAAGUACAGCGACUCGACUGUUGAUGUAGGAGAGAACUUGAAGGCUGAAUCUGUUAAUCUUUUUUUUCUAUUGUAGCUUCGAGGUAUGCCCAGCCAUUUUGUGUCUUCUAUUGUGGCUGUACAUGGAACUGAUUCUAGAUUUAGUACCAACUUACUCACUCAUCUGCUCCGUUAUUAGGUACACCUGUUCAGCUGCUCCUUAUUGCAAAUCAGCCAAUCACUGCAAGCAACUCAGUGGAUUUAGGAAUUUUGAUGUGGCCAGGACAACACUUCUGAGGUUCAAACUGAGCAUCACAAUGGGGAAGAAAGGCCAUUAAAGUGACUUUGAAUGUAGCAUGUUUGCUGGUGACUGAUGGGCUCAUCCGAGUAUUUCAGGAACUGCUGAUCUGGGAGUUUCCCCAAACCACCAUCUCUAGGGUUUAGAGAAUGGUCUGAAAAACAAACUAUCCAGUGAGCAGCAAUUCUCUGGGUAGAAAUGCAUUGUGAUAUCAGAGAAUGGCCAGACUGCUUUGACCUGAAAAGAAGGCAAUAGCAACUCCAAUAACCACUCAUUACACCCCCGGUAUCUCUGAAUCACACAUUGAAGCAAAUGGACUAUAUCAGCAGACCAUUCUGGGUGCCACUACUGUCAGCUAAGAACAGAAAACUGAUGCUACAGUUGGCAGAGACUCAUCACAAUUAGUCAAUAGAAUACUCUAAAAGCAUCACCUGAUGCUCACCAGUGCUUUAUGUAAUAUUGUAGGGUCUACCUUACAAUAUAAAGUGCCUUGAGGCAACUGUUGUUGUGAUUUGGCGCUCUAUGAAUAAAUCGUAUUGAAUAGAUGUGAUGAGUCUUGAGUACUGCCGUCACAUUUGAAUGAAAGCAUGGCUCUAUCCUGCCUCGUAUCAAAGCUUCAGGCUGCUGGUGGUGGCGUAAUGAUGUUGAAGAUGUUUUCUUCUAUUAAGGUUCUUCUAUUCAAACACCACAGCAUACCCGAAUAUGGUUUGUGAUCAUCUUCAUCCCUUUGAACCACCUCCUUCAAGCAGAAUAACACACCGUGUCACAAAUCAUCUCAAACUGGUUUCUUGAACAUGAUUUGCAUGUCCUCAAUAGUCACCAGUUCCUAAUCCAAUAGAACACCUUUGAUAUGUGGUGAAACGGGUGAUUCACACCAUGGAUGCGUGACCGUGCGAUGCUAUCAGUUUAAAAUCUCUGAUUAGUGUUUCCAGCGCCUCGUUGAAUCCAAAGAAUUAAGUUAUCUCUGAAGGAAAACCCAGGAAUAGUAAGGUGUACCUAACAAUUGCAAAUAAGACUUGUACAAAAAAGAUUCAAUAACAAAAGGCAGACAAAAACAUAAGCAUCUCUUUAUUUUUAUGCCAUUCCAGCAACUGUGAAAGCCAAAUAUAAUCCAUCACUCAGAUCACCCAAAAUAAAAUGUGCUUUUUUUUUUAAUUUCAUGAUUUUUUUUUUUUCAUCAAGAAAACAGACAUUCAUUUGCUUUAUAUUGUUGGAGUUUAUUUUGGCAAAGCAGUGACUUUCCCCAUUUAGUGUCAGUCACCAGAGGAGCCUGCACAAAUUGUUAAUGGAAACCAGCGGCAGAAAGCAACACAUCAAAGUGGAAAGCACAGCCUGUAUGUGCGUGCGUAUGUGUCGGUGUCAUUAGUGCUCUGCUCCCUUCGGAGUAUGUUCGGUACGAUCCGAUACUUAUUUUACGUGCUGCACAUGAAAACAGGAUGUGUGUGUGUGUGUGUGGUGGGGGUUUACAUCAGGCUUUGUGUGUUAAUUUAUGUGUGUGUUUGUGUUCUUAACACUGAUGCCACGGGAAGAAAGCUCAUACUUUAGCAGAGAAGUCUACAGUUUUUAUGAUCCACACACACACAGACUGUAGCUAGGUGAUUUAUCUAACAGGCUCAGGCGUUCUUCGUCUUGGUUGUCCGGGGUUCCUCCUGCAUUCAGCUUUGAUGCUGCUGAAAUGUAAUGCUGUGAAAAAUGUUUGACUGCAAAUCAAAUGGUGAAACCACAAAAAGAAAAAACAAAGAAAAAACUAAAAAUCCAGCGGUUAAAACGAACACAAACCAAAAAGGAUGCAGACCUGGAAAACAAAAACAAUAAAUCUCUCUCCGAUAUUUCUGUGCAGAGCGUCAAGCAGUCUUUCCUCGCAGCCCCUCGGGGCCGUCAUCAAAUGUGAAACUCUAGUCCGUUGUUAGAAUUAAACAAACAAACAAACAAACAAACAAAAAAA